CUCUCCAAAUUCUCUUGAAACCCUAGAAAUUAAUGGCAGAAGAACAGGUAAGGAACACUAUGAAGAGGAAGGUGAUGGUGGCAAUUGAAGAGAGCGAGUAUAGUUACCAUGCGUUUAAGUGGGCACUUGAAAAUCUUCACGGUACUCUCUCUGGAUCGUCUCUUGUCAUCUUCACUGUACAGACAACUGCAAAUCUCGGUCACAUCUACGCAGCAUCUUUUGGUUCUGCUCGUACGUAUGGUCCUCUCUUAACCAAUCCAGAUAUGCUUAAAUUUGUCCAAGAAAAUAAAAGGAAGGUUUCAUUAGCUCUAUUGGAAAAAGCUAAGGAAAUUUGUGCUAGAAAGGGAAUAAUUGCAGAAACUAUCACAGAAAUUGGAGAUCCUAAAGUGGCUAUAUGUGAUGCAGUUGAGAAGCAGAAUAUUGAUAUACUUAUUGUAGGUAGCCAAGGGAAGGGAACCCUCAAAAGGGCAUUGAUGGGAAGUGUGAGCAGCUAUUGUGUUCAAAACGCCAAUUGCCCCGUCCUUGUAAUAAAGAAAUCGAAAUGAGAGUUUAAUAGCAUCAUGAAUUUGAAAUUAUAAAGUGUACUUAGGGUAUUCCUUGCUUAUGUUGUAUGAUAUUUCAAAUGUUGUGAAAAUUUCAAAUGUAAGACAGCAAAGCUUUGGUGUGUUUCUUUU